CAGCUGAGCUGAGGGGGCGGGGGGCGGGGGGGGCAUGUUCGGAGAGAAAGUACCAGGCACGUAGCGUGGGCAAGGAAGGUGCGCCGGUGCAGGGGACACGCUCACCUCCGUGUGACCUUGAGCAAGUUCCUCCCUCUCUGGGCCCCAGGCUCCAAGGGACAGAGCCCAGCCUGGGGGGAGCUGGGGGGCUGGGGUCGGGGUAGACCCCAGGAGUGCUGUGAAUCCCGGGAGGGCCGGGUCUCAGGGCACCCCUGGCCCACACUGCCCUGUCACCCUGCUCCCGGGCUGCCCCCCACUGCGAGGCAUCCGCUGCCCCUCAGCCUUCCCUGCGGCCCACGGAGCCCCUUCCCCUAAGGAUGUUGCGCCUGGCAACAUCCUUUCCACCCCUGACGUGCCCUGGGCCCUUUUCUGGGGGGUAAACCAAGGAGGGGAGUGAGAUGUGCUCCACGAGGCCAUCCACAGGGCCAGGAAGACCUGAGGAAAUGAGAGGCCCUCUCCCCCUGUAGGAGGAGCUCGUCGCCCCCAGACACACCCUGGGGCCAGCAGGCAGUGGGUGCAGCCUGUGCCUGCCACCACCUGGUCGACACUCCAAGGGGUCCCAGGGAGACUGGGCACAAAGGGAGGGUCAGGCUGAGAGGGCAGCAGCAGCCAGGAGCCACCGGCCCUCCCUGGUGCAGAGGAAUGAGGGGAAGGGCCAGUCCCAGAGGCUGGCUGGAGCUGCUGUGAUGGGAGAAGGCUGGUGACAUGGAUGCAGCUGCCGCCAUGGUGGCCCAGGCGUCAGGUGCGGCAGAACAGGUGGCCUGACUGCUGAGCAUCUCACCCUCAGGUCUUGGCCAGUGGAAGCCUUUAUAGGAUCCUUAUGGGACCCAGGACACAAACAGGGUGGAGAGGGGGCCUGGGUCUGGAUGGAAAAUAUCUGGCCCAGUGCUGAGCUCUCGUCACCUCCUCGUCCCGCAGAGGCCACUGGCGCGGCAUUUCCAGGACUCCCUUGCAGCUAAAGUGCCACGGUGUGGUGGGGUUUUGAGUGAGGUCAUGAGGGUGAGGCCCGCAGCUCCGGCCCGUAUGCUGUGCUCCACACCCGUGCGCCCUGGCAGCCUCCCCAGAAGGUCCCCACCAGGCCCCCUCUCUGCACCCCACAUCUCCUUCCUGCUGAUUGUGCCGUCUGAUCAAGGCCUGUCACCCCAGUGGGACUCAGCCACAGGGGUCAGCAUGGCUCCCACACAGAGCACAGUGGGGCCGAGAGAGGGGCCCUCAACCUGGGCUCAAAGCCAGGAGUGAGUGAAGCUGGGGAAUACGCUCUCCUUUCUCUGGCCUUGCCGCCCCUCUGAGGUGGUGGAGAAGUGGUCUGGGGCCUCGUCCUGGGGCGGCUGAGAAAUGGCCCCUGCCCCGGGCAGGCUCUGCCUUCCCGAAGCAGAAAGAAGGCCAAAGGGAGCGGGAGGGUGCAGCCGUUUGGGGGCUGGAGAUUGGGACCUGCCCCGCCCUGGGGCCCUGCAGCCAGGAAGCUACUGGUGUUGACUCUGGGCGGCCACACCCCCACCCCAGCCAGCAGAACCAUAUAAAGCCGCCCAAGGUCUGCUCCCUGCUGCCCACCCGCCACCAUGAAGGCUGUCCUCCUUGCCCUGCUAGCCGCUGUCUUGGCCCUGCAGCCAGGCACCGCCCUGCAGUGUUACUCCUGCCAGGCCGAGGUGAGCAACCAGCACUGCCAGCACGUGCAGAACUGCAGCCACUCUGAGACCCAGUGCUGGACUGAGCGCAUCCGUAAGUGGCCCUGCUGUCCCGGCAGGCCUCCCUGUGCCCCUGCCCUGCCCCCUGCACCAUCCCCUAGAAGCCCUGCACCUUCCCUCCACUGGCAGGGAUUCAAAGGGCCUGGGAUUAGGUCUCUACGCUGGACUGUUCAUCCUUCUGUCCACCUGUCCACCUGCCCACUUGUUCUCCUGUCCACACAUAAAUAUAGAUGCCCAGCUUCCCAUCUAUAUUUGGUGGGUGAGUAUCCAGGGCCCGGCCCUCGCCCAGUCGUCCCCAUGCCUCGCCCAGGUGCUGUUGAUCUCCUGACCCUCAUCAGCAAGGGCUGCAGCUCGCACUGUGUGGAGGACUCAGAGAACUACUACGUGGGCGAGAAAAACGUCACAUGCUGCUCUACUGACCUGUGCAAUGCCAGCGGGGCCCACGCCCUGCAGCCGGCCAUUGUCACCCUGACGCUGCUCACCGCUCUUGGUGUGCUGCUGUUCUGGGGCCCCGGGCAGCUGUAGGAUCCAGGAGGACCUGUUGUGUCCCAUGCUGGGCAGUGGUGCCCAGGGGCCCGGGGGGCACUCCUCACACACACCCGGUCCAGUCACGGCCCCUUCUGAACCCUAACUCAGGUCAGGCAAUGCCCCUCUGCCCUUUCCAGCCCUCCCUGGCUCCCUCCAGGACUCCUGCCCAGCUGCCACCGCCCGGCAGGCUGCGCUCUGUGAUGUGGAACAGCGUGCAGAUGGCCCAUCAGACCCCCUCCCAAUAUUCCGACCCACCCCUUAACCUUCACUCAGGCACCUCUUCCUCCAGGAAGCCUUCCCUGCUUGCCCCCUCCACGAGCUGAGCCAGGUCCUGUCCGUGGUGUCCCCCACACCCAGCAUGAAGCAGGCUCUCAGGAGGGCCCCAAAAAGGCUGAGAGGAAAUGUUCCGAGUAGAAUUAGGGUCAGAGGUGUGAGGUCCUGGGAGCCCCAAGAGAUGAAGCUUGGAGGGGGGAACAGCUCCCCAUGUUCAUAGGGGUCCUGGGGCAGCAGCCCCAACACACAGUAGGCCCUUAAUAAAGGCCCAUGGGCUUGGUUGCAGAGAACCUGUCCUUGCAUGCCUGCAAGCUGAGGUCAAGGUUGGGGUCCAGGGCUGUGAAGGGUUGCCACCUGGGGCCACGUCUGUGGCUGUGGCUGUGCCCUUGGCUCCGGCCAGGGCAGGAGCAAAUGUCUGACUCCUGGAAGGGAGGACAUUGCUGCAAGGCCGUGUCCCUGGGACCUCCCGGCUCUUCCUGUGUGGCCUCGCACAUGUUGCUCAACCUCUCUGAGCCUCAGAUGCUCACUGGGACCCACCUCUGCUGUGAGGACUGACCCAGAGACUUCAAGGCAUGGAGACAUUUCUGGGUGGGAGGGGCUGCUGCUGCUGCAUGAGGCCGCCAGAACCCCUGCGCUGUCCUCCCCCUUCAGCUUGAGGACAGCCCCUCUGUCUGUUUCUUCAAUUUCUUAUUUUGUUUGUUGUAAGGGCUUCACACCCAGAGCAAAAAAUUCAAACUGUACAAGAGGGUCUCCAGUGCUGAGCCAGUUCCCCAACCCUGACCGCGGGCCCCUCCCCUCUCUAGGAUGCUCCCAUCACACGCUUGGGGCUCCUUCCGGGGUAACUAACUGUGAGGCCUGGGGAAACCCCAGGGGACACGGCCCCUGCCUGGCCUUUUUCAUACCUGGGAAAGUCCUUUUGAAAACCCAGCUGGCCCCUGCCCUCGGGCGCCAGGGCUCAGGGAGGGCCGGGCCCUGGGUGAGACCUGCCUGCACAGGCCGGUGCUUCCAGCCCACACCAGGUGCUGGGUGGUGGAUUAGGCAGGAUUAGAACCCGGGUACUGGAGAGACCCUCCAGGUUGGCACAGCAGCAGGUGGGGUGGGGUCCCACUCACCAGAGUCCAGACCAGGGCACAGGGAGCCCCAGGCAGCCCAGUGUUGCGGGUGGUGACGUCGGGAGGGCAGAGGAGACCAGAGGUCCCCGCACUCAGAGCCCACGACAACCCACACCUUAGCGCCUCCCUGUGGAGGGGUGCUCCGCCCUGGGGCCAAGGCUCAUGGAGGUGAGGUGCCCUGGGCCCCAGUGGUUUGAAUUCUUUGGGUCAACAUGAGAGGAGAGAGAUGGCGGGUGGGUCCCCAUGCCCUGUAACCCAGGGCCUCCUCUCGCCUCCUGAGCCGUCCCUGAGGUCACGCAGCCUUGAGCCUCCAGAAGAGGGACAGGCCCCGGGAGGCGCAGGAGCGCUCCCGACCCAGCACCGCGGGGCAGGUCUCCCCCUCCCGCAGGAUGGAGGGCUGACGGGGGCUCUGCCUCUCCAAGGGUGAGGACAGCAUGGGGGCCACCUGCAGGGGCAGCCCAGGGUCCCUGAGCCGGCCAAACGCAGCGUCUGGACUGGGACCCCCACCCGCUCCACCCCACACCAUUUCAUCGUCAGAAACUGUGGGAAAGCAAGAAAGAGGAAGUGCAGAACCCUCUCCCCACGCCCUAGGAUGGGCCCCAUUUUCCGUCCCCGUUUUCACCCUCAUGGUGACGCUUCUUGUGCAAGAAUAAGGAGCAUCCUGCGAGUUACACACCUGGUCACACUCUCUUCAGGAAACCGCUUUUUUUUUUAAACCUCUAUCUCUCCUUGGUAAGGACGAGACACCCCGUGGUGGCUGAGGGGAUCCUCCGGACAGACCGACGUGUUUUUGUUUUUAAGAUGCCACUUGCCGAGCACCUUCCGUGGGAGAGAUACUGUCCUGGUCUGUCUGCAUCUAGAGUAAUAGGUGACGACAAAAGCAGACACGGCAUAGCGCUCACCACGGGCCGCGCACUCCUCUGCCGCCUCCCUUGCAGUCAUUCAUUCAUUCCUCCCCCCUUGGGGGCAGGGCUGUGCAGAGGAGGAACCCAAGGCAGAGAGAGGUGAAGCAACUUGCCCAAGAUCACACAGUUAGUUAGAACUGUUGAGGCUGCAUUCCAGCCCCGGUAGAAAGAGGCCCAGAGAGGUGAAGGAGCUGACCCAGGGUCACACAGAGGGCUCCUGCCCACCCCAAAUCGGGCCCCUGAGUGGGCAUCUCCCGCCCUGGCCCCAGCUCCCAGCCACACCCAGUCCUGGGCUUUCCUCCCCUGAGGACUCUGGCUCGGCCGGACAUCUCUCCGCCGGGGCUGAGGUUGAUGACUGGUCUGGCUCCCUGGGGAUGUCCCCACCCUCCCCACUGGACUCCAGCUGCAGCAGGGAGUCAAGCUAGAUGGGAAGGAGAGUGGGUCUCCAGCAGGUGCUGUGCAGUCCUGGAGUACCCCAGGGGGCCCUUCCUGAGUCAGAAGAGAUGCAGAGUUCUUGCCCAAGCGCCCACAGCUGCAGGGCGCAGAGCUGGGACCCCAUCCAUCCACCCCACAAAAGCUGUGGGGUGUUGGGGCAGCCCGCAGGUGAGCAGUUCGCCUGUGCCCAAUGCUUGGACCACCACCGUGGCCCGCUGCCUGAACGUCAGCACAUGCCCUGGGGGCCCAGGUCUGCCUCACCAGGGACGCUGGCUCCGGGACUCGCCCUGGGCAGACAGCACCCAGAAAAGAACCCCAGCACAGAAGUAAUCGAGUCGGUCUCCCCCAAGGGUGCGAUAGAGCUACCCUCUGUUAGGGAGACCGCCCCCUUUUUACGGAACUGAGUUUCAGGUCCACGAUGGGCCGGUCCCCCAGUUCGCACUGCGGACAAACAGGUCUGCGCCCUCGCGACCCUGGUUCUGUCCCGCCCGCAGGCUACCCCUUCGUGGCACUGUGGUGGUGACCAAGGCGUGCGCGGACCCAUGCGAGCCCUCGAACGCGGACGGGCUGGGCCAAAAGGGCCCACAGAACUGCUGCCGCCAGGAUCCGUGCCCCGCGCGGGGCGCUG